CCAGUUACCACUUACCACCUACCUGUUCCCAUCUCUCUCUCGAUCAUAAGCGGCAAGGGUUUGGUCCGUCCCAAGCUCGAGCAUUCACGUGAGAAAGGAUUACCUAGGAAAGUGGACGAGAAAUAAUCAGAAACCACGCCACUUGGGAAAAGGCACUUCUUAUGCUAACGGGUUCGUCUGUCUUCUAAUCCCAUGUGGCCAUGAGUUGCAGAGUCCACUCUUUCCCUCCAAUAUCCUUUUGGGUACCUCCAAAACCCUUCCAGAAGUUGCAGAAUGUGUGCGUAUCGGGAACCAUGUCACGAACAACCACUGCUCUUCCCUCCUUGAAUCCCCUAGCCUUGCGCGCCGUGAAGAGAAGGUUGUUGGCCUUCUGUGUUACGGCUUCUUCUGGAGAGAAGGGUGGCGGAUGGAAAGCGAGGUGGAAUCCUCCUGAGAUGGUGGGGGAGAAUGUUCUCCGAUUGAUUGCCGGAGCCACGGCGAGCCCAAUCGCGCAAUUUGUCCCUGCACCCACCACCUUCCUUCAUUCCUUGGAUCCUAGAGUCAAACUGGUUUGGCUUUUGACCUUAGUGGUGCUACCAGCACGGUCUCACGUUGUCAUGCGCGUAGGCAUAGUCGUUUACCUCUCGCUGCUGUCGAUAUUGACACUACCAAAGCAAAUUUGGAAGGAUCAAUUGGGAAGAGUGUUCUUUCUGUCUGGAGUGUUAUUUCUUAUGUUGGCACUGGGUUCUGAUGGUGUACCUCCACUUGUUCAAUCAAGAUCGCCCCCAGCAUCAGUGACAGGAUUACCCAGUUUGCCAAUGUCCUUAGAUGGUUAUUCAUAUUCAAUCAUCAAGCUAGGACCAUUACAGCUCACAAGGAAAGGCUUAUCAGUUGCAACUACGGCAGCAUGCUUGUCUUUCACAGUCUUCCAAAGUGCAAGCCUCUGCUUGGCAACAACGAUGCCUGAACAGCUUGCAUCUGCUUUCCGUUGGUUUAUGAUGCCUCUGGAAUGUGUUGGAGUUCCUGUAUCUGAGAUGAUAUUAACAUUACUACUUUCUUUGAGGUUUAUAACUAUAGUAUUUGAUGAGGUAAGGAAUGCUGCUUUGGGAAUUGUAGCUCGUGGAAUAAAUUGGAAAAGUUUGACAUUCAUGGAAACUCUUGAUGUUUUUGCCAUGUAUAUUCGACGGAUUUUCACAAACAUAUUCAGCCAUGCUGAUCAGAUAUCCCAGGCCAUGAUUGUAAGAGGCUUCCGAGGUAAUAGCAGAACCCAUAAACUCUACUGCUUAUCCAGCUCAUCCUUUGGACUAUGUGAUGCUGUUUCUGUGGUGUGCCUGCUCGCUUUGGUAGCUGCUGCCAUCCUAACCGAGCACUUCCUUGUGUGAUCAUUUCGUGCUUGCGUUCUGACUUUGCUACUUUAUUAUCUUAAAAGAAUCGGUUUCCGGCUAGUUCACUAGCUCGACGUUCGAGACUGUAAUUCUCAUGAGAUGUUGGAACAUUCUUCACCUCCGGCAGUCACCUAAAAAGCCACAGAAACUGUCUAUUAUGUCUUGUGGAGGGUUCUUGUAGCAGGUUGGAGGAUCUUCACAAAAAAAGUUACACCUAUAGAUACAGUAGAUUUGUAUCCUCAAUGGACGGACCUGGUCAUUGAAGUGGUUGUUCCAUUUUGCAGGCAGCUCCAGCAAGAAUCUUCAGAUCGAAAUGUUAAUGACUUGCAUUUACUGUUUUUUAUAAAACAUGCAAUCUGCACAAUAUGGGAAAUUCCAAAACUGCAAAUUGCUGUAAAACGUUUGGUCAAAACUGCUUUGCAAGCAUAACCUUUGUUUCUCUA